GCGUUGUCACAAAAUUGUCAGUUGAUCAAUCGAAAUGUAGAAAAGAUUUAAUUUUCUUUCCCGAAAACGGACCUUGCUCGGGGAAAAAUGCCAUAAAAGGUGCCGAUUACAUUCACGCCCGAGUUAUCAAGACCAAGAAAAUGGACGCGAGUUGUAUAUUCCUCACUUUCAUGCUGCUCAUCCAGAUGGCUAUGAUCCUGAUUAUGCUGAACCCCGUUUAUGACGUAAGGAAGAUCACCCAGUACCUAACAAAUGCAACCAAGAAUCACCGAGUCUGUUACUUCUGCACUGUGACCUCAUACUUCAUUUCCGUGGUCUAUCUCGGCAUGUACAUCCCCCUGCAAAACAUCCAUAGGCUGAUAUUCUCCAAGGUUCUAAAUGAGUACGAGAAGCUGAUUCUACUGAACAGAAUCGAGAAGAACUACAUCAUCGCUGGCUUUUCCCUUUUCUUAGUCGUGGUAAUGUACGGCGUGAGGGCUCUGCUGUCGUACGCUGCAAGUUUGGCCGAAAUUACGGACCGACAAAGUGACACAUUAAUGGUCCAUUCAGACUCAAAACUCGACAAGAAAGUUUUUGGCUUAUCGGAGAACAUUUUGCCCAAUCUGUUGCGGGUGAAGCGAUCGAUUUCGUACGAAACUAUCCUGUUUACAAACGAACUCCGCGAGCAGUUGAAAGCCGUUAUCAGGAAUGUUGAGUUCCCACAUAACAGGUGCACGCUAUCGAGUAUUUUGGAGACCAGUACCGUGAACAUUUAAUUUGACUUGUGUAACUUCCGUAUGCCGACAAAUA